AUGGCAUGGAUAGGUUGGUUUAUGUGUUUUGGUAUUAUUGUUUUAGUUCCAAUUGAUAUUGUUUGUACAAAUUAUAGAGAAUGUAUACAAGCCAAUCCAACUGAUUCCUCAUUAUGUGAAAAUGAACCAUUAUCAUAUGUCAAUGAGGCUGUUGUAUAUUACUUUUACAAAACCUUUUAUUUUGGAACUCUCUUUUUAACUUGGUUGGUUUAUCCAUUUUUAGGAUCAUUUGUAUUGACUGGUGACUUUAAAUUGACAGAAAGAAUUCAACGUGCCAUUCGAGAAAAUGUAUACCUUUACUUGAUUUUUGCAGUCAUUGGUCUUAUUAUUUUGAUUUGGUUGUUAGCAGUUAAACAAUUGGAUUGGAAUAGUAUGGUCGGCUAUGCAAUGGCUGCUGCAAAUACAUGGGGUUUAUUCUUGGUCAUCGUUUUAAUGGGUUAUGGGCUUGUAGAAACACCAAGAACCAUUUGGAAUCAUUCAAAUAGAGUUUUAGUAUUACGUCAUUUACAAUUUAAAGUAUCAUCAUUGGUUGAUACAAAGAGAAAAACAAGUGAUGAAUUAUUUGCUACUUUGAAGCAAGUUAAAAAGGUUCAAGAUAAAACAAAGAAAUAUGAUCCAUACGAAAAACAUGUUGAAGCUAUUUUAGAACAAUGUCCACCAGAAUAUAGUUCAAUUAUUCAUGGAGAAGGAACAGGAGAAAUUACAUAUUCAGCACUUGUUUCAUUAAAUCAAAGAUUAAAAGCUGCAGUUACAAAUCAUCGUAGAUCAGAAUUCCUUUAUGAACAAUGUAUCAAUGAAGCAUUUGAAAUUGAAGAUAUUAUGAAUAGUUAUGGAAAUGUUGACAAGAUUAUACCAUGGAGUUAUAAAGAACCAAGAACAGGAAGAUUUGCAAGUCAAUUAAAUUAUUUAGAAUGGACUUGGUACAAUUAUUUAGAAGUACCAAUGAUGUGGAUUUUGGCCAUUUGGUUUGUUAUCAUGUCUGUCGUUAUUAUUUGGUCAGAGAUUUCAGUAUCAAUUACUUCGACCGAUGUCUCUAUCCUCUCCAAUAUUGUCAAGCACAGCGAUGUAAACAACAUUGGUAUUCAAUUUAUUUUAUUCUUCCCUCUUGGUUACGAAGCCUUGACCACCUAUAGUACUUUAUUCAAAAUUAGAAUUUUCAAUUAUUAUCGUCUUAUUCCUCAUCAACAUUCUGAUUCCAAUAGUAUAAUAUUUAGUGCCGCUUAUUUAUGUAGAUUAGCAGCACCACUUUGUUAUAAUUUUACAACAUUUAUUCAUUACAAGACAACAUUCACAGCGGUAAUGGGUAAUAUGGAUUAUACACCAUUCCUUGGAAAAUACUUUUAUGUUUAUUUCCCAAUGAUCAUUAUCAUUGUUUGUUUGGCAACUCUAUUCAACGUAUUUUCGAGAAUUAUGAACUGUCUCAACAUGCAACGAUUUAAAUUUGACUCUGAAUUCUCACACGAAAACAUCGAUGAAGGAAAGGUGCUCAUUGAAAGCGAGAGAAGAAAGAGAAACAACUCGAGAAAGGUGGCAGAGAUUGAACAACAAACAAAGAAUAGUUGGGUUCAAACCUCUGGCAAGAAUAGAUAUUCAUUGCUUCGAAAUCAAAUGGAUGAUGAAGAAGACUAUGAUAUGGAAAGAGGCAAUGCUUUGAACAAUAGUGUCGAUAUUUACAAUAGUGGUGGUUACAAUGGCAAUGGAAAUGCUAGUCCACCACUAAACAACAACUUGAGAACAACUGGCGGUGGUGGCGGCGGAGGAAAGAGUUUAUUCAGUAGCUUUACCUCUCCCAACACCAAUACUACCGGUUCUAGUCCAAGUACCAGCAGCACUUCAAGUGUUUUAUCACCAAGCCCAAACACCAACAAUGAUAGAUUGAAAACUUCAUUCAACAGUGGCUUCCCAUCGAUGGACAGAAUUUUUGGAAAUGACAAGGGCAAAGGAAAAGAUAAUAACAACAACAACAACAAAUUCCCUUCAAGAAAAUAA